UGCAAGAAUAGCAAAGGAAGCCAAACUAUUUUGUUAACAUUAAAGGCAACACAGUACAUUCAUUUGAGGGGGAGAGAGAGAGAGCAUUAAAACGAUCAAAGCCAAUCUGUAAACAAUCCUUGGAACCUGCAAAAUUAUCAACCAACCCCACAUUGCUCGCUCCCUCUCGCAUUUCAUACCAAAUCCAAUCCUAAGCAUUUGGCCAUUUUUCUUUCUUUCUUUCUUUCUUUCUUUUAUCAUCCCACCUUCCUCUUUAACAUUGUUUCUUUGGUUCUCUCCGUCUUGCAUUUUGUCCUCCAAAGAUUCUGUGUUUCUCCUGUAUCAGAUUGAGUUAUUGAGACCUAUAGCUCUUGUUUAUUUGGAGUCUAAGAAAGAUAUCUCUGUUCCUUUCCUAAAAUGGGAAUAAGCUUUUCAUGUCCCCUUGCUGAAUUGGAUGGUCCUUUUGACACUGUUCUUGUGAGAUCAGUUAGUUUUGGGAGUGAAGACGCGGGGAAUGCAUUACAAUCUGUUGGUUUUAAUGGCUGUGACUCAGACCCUGAUUCGAUGAGAUCAUAUGGUUCAGGAAAGGUGAUAUGUGAAGAAUGCCCUGGCUUUAAGGAGAGGGAACUGAGUACUACAUUGUCCUUCAAAAGUACUACCUCAGACAUGGACGUGCUUGCUAGAUCAAUCAUAAGUCCUAGAGUUGGAGAAAGGGGCAAUCAGUUGACAAGAUCAGAUAGCUUGCUUGACAAAAAACUCCACUCAUCAUUGCCUGGGCCAGGGAAACAAAGACACCAGGCUGCUGUGACGUUGCAGAAAGUCUAUAAAAGCUUCAGAACCAGGAGGCAGUUGGCUGAUUGUGCUGUUGUUGUCGAGCAGAGAUGGUGGAAGUUGUUGGAUUUUGCAGAGCUCAAGAGAAGCUCCAUAUCUUUUUUUGAUAUUGAGAAACCUGAGAGUGCAAUUUCACGUUGGUCAAGAGCAAGAAUGAGAGCUGCCAAGGUAGGAAAAGGAUUGUCAAAGGAUGCAAAGGCUCGGAAACUUGCUUUACAGCAUUGGCUUGAGGCAAUUGAUCCACGGCAUCGUUAUGGACAUAAUCUUCAAUUUUAUUAUGUCAAUUGGCUUCACUGUCAGAGUAAACAGCCUUUCUUCUAUUGGCUCGAUAUUGGAGAUGGGAAAGAAGUCAACCUUGAUAGAUGUCUUAGAUCAAAGCUUCAACAACAAUGCAUAAAAUAUCUUGGUCCUAUUGAAAGAGAGGCUUUUGAAGUGACUGUGGAGAACGGGAAAUUUUUAUACAAACAAAGUGGGAAACUUCUCUGUACAACAGAAGGACCCAAAGAUGCCAAAUGGAUUUUUGUUCUCAGCACAUCGAAGACCUUCUAUGUUGGUCUCAAGAUCAAGGGCACAUUUCAACAUUCAAGUUUCUUGGCCGGUGGAGCCACUCUAUCUGCUGGAAGAUUGGUUGUGGAAGAUGGUGUUCUAAAGGCAGUUUGGCCUCACAGUGGCCAUUAUCUCCCAACCGAAGAAAACUUCCAGGCAUUCAUGUCUUUCCUCAGGGAACACAACGUGGAUCUAACUGAUGUAAAGGAAAGCCCAACUGAUGAAGAAGACGAAUCCAUUAUCAAAAAGGACAUCCAUGGUAGUCUCCGAGACCAACCAGAUGCAGAUUUACUCGAAGUCACCGGAUUGGCUCCAGAGGACACAGAUUCAAGGAAACGAGAUUCUAAUGUGGCAGAAAAUGCUAAUCUGCACGCAUCAAAAUUGUCACGUGGAUUACAAUUAAAAAUUACUAAACUUGAAAUACCAACAAGAGGAGAUGUGAUUGACAAUUUCAAAACAGAAGAACUUGGACCAAGCUGCCAGGCAGAAGAUCCUGAUUCUCCUGGAGAAGAUGGUUAUGAAACGGCAGAAGAUUCAUUUUUGACAGAGGAAGACUUCAUGAUUACUAAACUUAAUUUGUUUGACGAAGAUGAUGAAGAAGAAGAAGACGAGGAGCCUGUCCCCAAAGAAAAAAUCCUGAAGAGGAUAGAUUCUCAUAAAGGAAUGAAAUCGUAUCAAUUGGCGGAACACUUGUCCUCUAAAUGGACCACUGGUGCAGGGCCACGGAUAGGAUGCAUGAGGGAUUAUCCAUCGGAGCUUCAAUUCCGGGUUUUAGAGCAUGCAAACCUGUCACCAAGAACAAGAAGUGAUGAUCCAUCACCACGGACCUCAUCUCGGUUUAGCCCGAAGGUUUCAUCACCAAUGGUUUUGACGCAAGCCUCAUUGUGUAAAGAAACAUCAUCCAGAAGUCCCCUUGCCCCAGACCAAGUGUUGUUUUCACAAACAGCAAACCCUUAGACUCUGUUAGAUCAAGAAUUUUUCUUUUGCUGAUUUAUUAAUAGUGGGAUAGAAACGAUACAGGGCAUUCUUUGUAUUUUUUUUAUACGCCAUUCUGUAUACUCCUCUUUUGUGGAGAUACAAAAAUGGAAUGAAAAAGAAAAGGGCUGUGCAAGGUUCUUUGCUGUCCUUAUAUUCAUGACAA